AUGGUGACCAAAAAUAGGGGAUCGGAGGAAGAGGAAACGGUCACAGUCAAGGUCUCUCUGCAUUACCGGAAGCGCUCUGCGUCGCGGGGACGCUCUGGGAGCCGCUCCAGGAGCCGCUCCCCGUCGGACAAGAGGAAACGCGAGGACCGGCGCUCCAGGAGCCGGGACCGGGAUCGCAGGCGGGAGAGGUCGCGCAGCAGGGACAAGAGAAGGUCUCGCUCGCGGGACAGAAAGCGUCAAAGACGUUCAAGGAGUAGAGAAAGGGAACGGAGCCGAGAGAGAAGACGAUCGCGGAGCCGAGAGAGGAGGCGCUCAAGGAGCAGGAGCAGAGGGAGACGGUCUCGAUCUUCCAGUCCAAGCAAGAACAGAAAGACAGAAAACAGAUCAAGAUCUAAAGAAAAGACAGAAGGUGUGGAAGUUUCCAAAGAAAAGAAAAAAGACAAAGAUGACAAAGAGGAAGAGAAGGAUAAAGAUGCUACCACAAAUGCUGUGGCCACUGAGAAUUUUGAUCAGAACAAACUAGAGGAAGAAAUGAGAAAACGAAAAGAAAGAGUGGAGAAAUGGAGGGAAGAACAACGCAAGAAGGCAAUGGAAAACAUAGGAGAGCUAAAAAAAGAAAUUGAAGAAAUGAAACAGGGGAAAAAAUGGAGUUUAGAAGAUGAUGAUGAUGAUGAAGAGGAAACUGCAGAAGGAGAAAAAGAAGGCAGUGAAGUUGAAGAUGAGGAGUUAGAUCCUUUAGAUGCUUAUAUGGAAGAAGUAAAAGAAGAGGUCAAGAAGUUCAAUAUGAGAAGUGUGAAGGGUGGAGGUGGGAGUGAAAAGAAAACUGGACCAACUGUUACCAAGGUGGUAACUGUGGUGACAACCAAAAAGGCAGCUGCUGAGUCAGAAAAGAAGAAAGGGGAGCUCAUGGAGAAUGACCAAGAUGCAAUGGAGUAUUCCUCAGAAGAGGAAGAAGUUGAUCUUCAGACUGCCCUGACUGGCUAUCAGACCAAGCAGAGAAAGCUGCUAGAACCAGUGGAUCAUGGAAAGAUAGAAUAUGAACCUUUCAGGAAAAACUUCUAUGUUGAAGUACCAGAACUAGCUAAAAUGACUCAAGAAGAGGUAAAUGUGUACCGGCUGGAGCUGGAGGGAAUUACAGUCAAGGGAAAAGGCUGUCCCAAACCCAUAAAAACCUGGGUACAGUGUGGUAUUUCCAUGAAGAUUCUCACUGCCCUCAAAAAACAUGGCUAUGAAAAGCCCACUCCGAUUCAAACCCAGGCUAUCCCAGCAAUUAUGAACGGACGGGAUUUGAUUGGCAUUGCUAAAACAGGAAGUGGAAAAACUAUUGCAUUUCUGUUGCCCAUGUUCAGACACAUUAUGGAUCAGAGAGCAUUAGAAGAAGGAGAAGGUCCCAUAGCUGUCAUUAUGACACCUACACGUGAGUUGGCUUUGCAGAUUACCAAGGAGUGCAAGAAAUUCUCAAAGACACUUGGGCUUCGAGUUGUGUGUGUUUAUGGAGGAACAGGAAUCAGUGAGCAGAUCGCUGAACUCAAAAGAGGUGCUGAAAUUAUUGUUUGCACACCUGGACGUAUGAUUGACAUGUUAGCAGCUAACAAUGGUCGGGUGACAAACCUCCGUAGAGUCACAUACGUUGUACUUGAUGAAGCUGACAGAAUGUUUGACAUGGGGUUUGAGCCUCAGGUUAUGCGCAUUGUAGACAACGUCAGGCCUGACCGUCAGACUGUCAUGUUCUCUGCUACUUUUCCCAGAGCUAUGGAGGCCCUGGCUCGCAGGAUCCUCAGUAAACCUAUAGAGGUGCAGGUUGGAGGCAGAAGUGUUGUCUGUUCUGAUGUGGAGCAACAUGUGAUUGUCAUAGAAGAGGAGAACAAAUUUCUAAAGUUACUGGAGCUGCUGGGACAUUAUCAGGAGAAAGGAUCUGUUAUCAUAUUUGUAGAUAAGCAAGAACACGCUGAUGGGUUGUUGAAAGAUUUAAUGAGGGCCUCUUACCCUUGCUUGUCUCUUCAUGGAGGUAUUGAUCAGUAUGACAGGGACAGCAUCAUUAAUGACUUCAAGAAUGGAACCUGCAAACUUCUGGUGGCCACAUCUGUAGCAGCGAGGGGCUUGGAUGUGAAGCAGCUGAUGCUGGUGGUUAAUUACAGCUGUCCCAACCAUUAUGAGGACUACGUGCACCGAGCGGGCCGCACUGGGCGAGCUGGCAAUAAAGGGUAUGCAUAUACAUUCAUUACUGAGGAUCAGGCACGUUAUGCUGGUGAUAUCAUUAAGGCUUUGGAAUUGUCUGGGAAUCCAAUUCCUGCUGAUUUGGAGAAGCUCUGGGCUGACUUCAAAGACCAACAGAAGGCUGAGGGAAAGUUGAUUAAAAAAAGCAGUGGAUUCUCUGGCAAAGGUUUUAAAUUUGAUGAAACAGAACAGGCUUUGGCUAAUGAAAGAAAGAAGCUACAAAAAGCAGCUCUUGGCUUGCAAGAUUCAGAUGAUGAAGAUACAGCUGUUGAUAUUGAUGAACAAAUUGAAAGCAUGUUCAAUUCAAAGAAAAGAGUAAAAGACAUGGCAGCACCAGGCACAUCAAAUGCUCCUACACCAUCAGCUGGGAAUGCAGAAAAAUUGGAAAUCGCAAAAAGAUUGGCUUUGAGAAUCAAUGCACAGAAGAAUCUUGGAGCAGAGGCACAAGUCAUGGUUCCCUUCCACUUCAAGGAUGUGAUGCAGCAGGCUACAAAUGCUAUCCUGAGAGGAGGCACAAUUCAAGCUCCUACUGUGUCUGCCAAGACCAUUGCAGAGCAACUGGCUGAAAAAAUCAAUGCCAAACUCAAUUAUGUACCCAUAGAGAAGCAGGAGGAAGAGAAACAGGAUGGAGGACAGAAUGAAUCCUUCAAAAGAUAUGAAGAAGAAUUGGAGAUCAAUGACUUCCCACAGACUGCCAGAUGGAAAGUUACCUCCAAAGAAGCACUGCAGAGAAUCAGUGAAUAUUCUGAAGCUGCUAUUACAAUCAGGGGAACUUACUUCCCUCCAGGCAAAGAACCCAAGGAAGGAGAACGAAAGAUUUAUUUGGCUAUAGAAAGUGCCAAUGAAUUGGCUGUACAGAAAGCAAAGGCAGAAAUCACACGACUCAUAAAAGAGGAGCUCAUCAGAUUGCAAAAUUCUUACCAACCAACCAACAAAGGAAGAUACAAAGUUCUAUGAGCAUUUGGAGUUACCUGCCUGCUAGCAACUGGUGCGUGAAACUGUGUGGCUUCUGUUGUUUUUGCUGUUUACACUGCUUAUUGUAAAUUAAGAAAUUUUUUUAUUUCAUCUUGCGGACAUUUUUUUAACAGAAAAUUGAUACCUGCUGAAGCAUCUUAAUUCUCUCCCCUAAAGUUAUCAG